ACGCUCUAAUUAUAGCCGCCUUAAAGUCGGCCGGGACUCUGCAGGGGAGACUUAAAACUACUGCGGAGAAACACAGGGACUCUAUUAUUAUACAAUUCCUGUGUCCUCAGGCUUUUAGAGGCUCUCUCUCUGUUGAAUUAUUUUGGACGGACGGUCUGGAUUAAAACAUGGACUGGUUCACUUUGAGGGUCGUGGGAUUAAUCCCCAAUCAAAAGUCACUGUGUCAGUGAAGUAGUCUCAGUCGUCACAGAUAUCUCUCCACGGGUCUAGCUGAAGAAAGGUCAACAUUUUUGCUCACUGGCUGACCAUAAGUUGCUCCAACAGAAAUGACACGCUACUUGUCUCUUGUCGUUGUUGUCAGCCUCUUCGUGUGCCAGUGCCAUGGCGGCUGUGCGGAGGUGGACUCCCUGACUGAGGCCGUGGCAGGAAAAGGAUUUCUUCUGGGCUGCAUCUCGUGUAAAAGAAGAGAGGAGGUCUCUGCCAGAGCCACCGUCGACUGGCACUUCAAACCACUGGGAGAGGAGGAGUUCAGGCAUAUUUUCCACUACGACCACCCCAGUGCCGAGAUCCUGCAUGAAGACUUCAGCAAGCGCCUUGAGUGGCAUGGGACGCGAAGCGGUGACAUUCAGACAGGAGCCGUUUACGUCCACAACGUCAGCGUCAAUGACACAGGGACGUACCGCUGCACCUUCCACCGCACCCUCUUCCUGGCUAUGGCUGACGAGCACGUCACUGUGGAGAAGGAGGUGGAGCUCAGUGUGGUGGCUGUGGCCAACCGCCCGCUGACGGCAGUGAUCUCAGAGAUAAUGAUGUACGUGCUGAUCGUGGUACUGCAGCUGUGGCUCAUCGUGGUUCUGGUCUACUGUUACAAGAAGAUUUCAGCUGAGCACGAGGCUCGGGAGGCGCGUAAAGCUCUCAAGGCCCAGGCAGCACUGUUAGAAUCUAAAGACAGCUGUGACGGUGUGCAGCUAGAGUGACAUUGAACGGUGGGAAAUCAUCUCUGCAGGAGUUAAGCUUUCGUUUCUCCUCCAUGAUUCCACGAACAACAACACAACUUCUGUAGAUGACGAUGGUUUUAAAUACCUUGGUCAGACUCACUCAUAAGGGGACAAACUAAAUACUUGAAAGUUCAUUAAUUUAAAAAAAAGAGCAAAUGGGAAUUAUAAAAAAAGAGAUGUGAUGCUGCAAAUGAAGGACAUAAAUUCAAAAUCAGUUUUCCAAAUGGGUAUCAAUGCAUUUUCUUUAUUAAUAUCCCUCGGUUCUCUGGACUGCUCCUAGGAUCAGCAGUGUUAAUAGAAAUGUGCGUUGAUAAUGCAGCAGUUUUAAAAUAAAUGGCUUCUAUCCCCGGCAUGUUGACAUGGCGGACAUGUGAGUGCAGCCCAGGACCUUGGUGCUGACUAAUUUCGCUAUUUGUUUCCUCUCAUUUGACCAAAAAAAUGCCCCAAAAACAUCUUUGUAAUAAUUCUUCCAUACUUUGAAAUUUGGGUUCUUUAAGUGUUUAUAAAAAUAAAAACGUCUUAAUCAUGCCUAAUGAGGUAAUUUAAUUAAUUUGACCUUGUAGGUUAUCUGAGAAUUCUUGAUUUUUGACACUGACAUCUCUCAUGUGUGGUAUAAAACACUCUUCUAGUCGAUCUUGAUCUUAUCCGUUUGUCCUGGCCUGUGUCUGUCCAAGUUUGUAAAUGAAGCAGAAUAAGAAUAAAGUAAUUGUUUUUUUAAA